CUGUGCUCGCCCCAGUUCCUCAGUUCCUUCCUCGGUUCCUCCUCUUCCCGUCGCGCAUCUGAAGCGAGUAGGUGUCGUGGCGGUUUUGACUCGGAUCAUGGUGCGCAGCUCGAGCAGGUAGAGGAAGAGGAGAGCCGACCUGAGGCGGGGCUUGGGAGGCGCGGAUCGCAGCGGCAGGGGCAGGAGAUCGAGGGGAAGCCGAGGGAGCGGGGAGAGGAUCAAGGGGGGAAGGCGAGGGAGCGGGGAGGAUGGUGCUGGUGCUCGCGCUGGGGGAUCUGCACAUCCCGCACCGGGCGCCCGACCUGCCCGCCAAGUUCAAGUCCAUGCUCGUGCCCGGCAAGAUCCAGCACAUCAUCUGCACCGGCAACCUCUGCAUCAAGGAAGUCCAUGACUAUCUAAAAAGCCUCUGUCCUGAUCUCCACAUAACCAGAGGUGAAUAUGAUGAGGAUACUCGAUACUCAGAGACUAAGACACUUACAAUUGGUCAAUUUAAGCUUGGCCUGUGCCAUGGUCAUCAGGUUGUUCCGUGGGGCGACCUAGACUCCCUGGCGAUGCUGCAGCGGCAGCUGGAUGUGGACAUCCUGGUGACGGGGCACACCCACCAGUUCAAGGCGUACAAGCACGAGGGCGGCGUGGUGAUCAACCCCGGGUCGGCCACAGGCGCCUACAGCAGCAUCACCUACGACGUGAACCCAAGCUUUGUGCUGAUGGACAUCGAUGGCCUGCGCGUGGUGGUGUACGUUUACGAGCUGAUCGACGGUGAGGUGAAGGUGGACAAGAUCGACUUCAAGAAGACGGCCACGACGAUACACGCGUAGCUUUGGCUCUUGGCACUGUGCAGAGGACAGUGAAAUGGACUCUGGACAUGUCAGAUUGUCAGAGUGGGUGUUUAAUGCUGAGCGUGUAGUAAUGACUUUGGAAGUUUUAAUCAAACAGGCGAACCUUGAUUUGUGUCUAUAUGCAAGAUAGAG